AUGUCCCCCACUACGGAGCCGGGUCGGCGACCGGGGAGAAAGAGGAUCACCCUGGCAUGCAAUGGCUGUCGAGUAAAAAGGACCAAGAAGAGCCUUGCUCUUGCAACGCAGACGAACCCACUUUUUGUUCAUGAUUCUAACUACCGGUUGCCGAGAGAAGGGGUGAGCACCGCUGCAUUAGAAUCCAGCUUCGAACGGUCGCCAUCCGACGACACCAACCAAACCGAGUCGGUAGAUGAUCUCGCAGAUGCACUUGGAUGCUUCACAAUAGGCGAUGCCGGAGAACUGCGAUUUUUUGGAACAUCCAGUAAUUUCGAUCUCAUGCCCAGCACAUCUCUCAAGGUCGCUUCAUCAGUGCAGGCCCGACAUCGAGGUAUUGAAGCUGCUCAACAAUUGCCAACCUUCUUUGAGCCCACAGAUGAACUCCGCGAUCAUCUUUUGGGUUUAUUCUGGAAAUGGCAGAAUUCAUGGCAGUACAUUGUACCCAGAGAAUCAUUCAUUGUCGACCUUUACGUGGAAAAGUCUGGACGCUUCUGCACGCCAUUGCUUCUCAACGCAAUACUCGCCCUUUCGUCGCGGUACUCACCGAGACCAGAACUCAGAUCGGAUCCAGAGGACGCAAAUACUGCUGGACAUAUUUUCGCGGACCAGGCUAAGACCAUGCUUCACUACGAAUCUGAAGCUCCGACAACAUCAACAGUUCAAGCGACUGCACUGCUGGGCUUGUUCUGGGCAUCUAUCGACAACGAGGGUCUUGGAUUUAUGUACAUCGGCAUGGCGACGCGCAUGGCGAUGAACCUCGGUUUACAGUCGGACUGCACACAAUACGCAGCUCGAGGAAUCAUCUCCGAAGAGGACGUCGAGGCCCGCAACGUCGCCUUUUGGGGCAUAUACGUCUUGGACAAAUUGUACUGCCUUGGAAUGGGUAGACCUGCGAGUAUCCAAGAGUACAACAUCACGACAGCCAAACCCAAGAUUCUUGAAGACCGACCUGCAGCACUUCUCUCUGCAGAACAGAGAAAAUUCUCACAACCCUGGCCGACGUCCCACAUUACCGAGAAUGCAAUCAAGACUUGCGAAAUCAUGAUUAUCACUUCCGAAGUUAUUGAUCAAUUGUAUGCUCAGCGUUCUUCAUGGACAGACAGAGAACGAGAGGACCGCGUCAUGGAAACGCAUUUACGGUCUGCGAGGCUGUUUGACCAGCUUCCAAAGUCACUCAAGAUGUCCGAGUCAAGUCUUUACCCUGUGCCGCCAUACGUAUACCAUCUUCACAUUCAAUACCAUCACUCAAUCAUUCUUCUUCAUCGACCCUUCUUCAAGGUUCUUUCUCGCGGCCGCAACUGUGUGGAAUUCGACCCCGAAGGAAAAGAUGUGCACUCGAAAUCUUGCAAGGCAUCGGCAAUCAAAAUUGCAAAGAUUGUUCGUAUAUACAGGAGCAAUUAUACAAAUCAAUGUCAACCAAUCUCUGCGGUCCACCCCAUAUUCACAGCAGCCAUUAUACAUCUACUAGAUCUCAAGAUGAGCCUACCAAAUGUAAACAGCGAGGCAAUGCGCUGUCUCAGCAUUUGUAUCAAGGCUCUAUACGAGAUGAACACGAAUUGGGACUGGGCUAACCGCUCCAUCCGCGCCAUUCGCUCCCUAGCGGACCAAUGGGGCGUCGCUCUCAGUACCCCAGAGUUAGUAGGUGACAUUCCAGAAGUCAACAAGCGGCAGUUUGACCUGUACGAGCGUGGAGCCUUUCCGACUGGCCAAGGCCUGGAGGUGGGCGUCGGCGGGGAGCAGGCGUUGCCUCCAGAGAUGUUUGAUGAACUCUUUCAGGCUUGGGCUUUUGAUCAAAACAUGGGAAGCAUGGCGUUUGACUUUUCUGAGGAGGCUUGA